UCCAUCCCGGAGUCGCCUCUUUACUGUUGACAUUGAGACUAGUGUUUUGCGGGUACUAUUUAAUGAAGCUGCCAUCUGCUAAUGAUUACAGGCCUCCCUGAGUUUUAAUUCAGCAUGAGAAUCCUAUUUUUUUUUUACUGCUUAAGAUGGGGUUUGACGUGGUAGCAGACAGUGUUUCAUAGCCAUUUUGUAUUUUGUUUGUGAAGAAUUUCGUACCAGAACCCUUCUCACUGCAAGGUACCAGGGCAUGCUUUUGGCUUGCUGCUUGGUUUGGGGUGUGAACUGUCUGCACUCUGCAGAUGGUUGUUUUAUGGACUUUCAUGGUUUAUAGUCUUUGUGUGUUUUCUAUCCUGAACCUCUUGAAUCAAUUGCUUGGAUGUUUAUUUAUGUUUGUAUGUUUAUUCUGUGUUUCCCUGGCCAUCUAGUCAAUCUUAAAGUGAUGGUUCAAAUCCACUGUUUAGGCUGGGCAUACCAAUUGCACCAGUUCCUUCCCAUAGUAUAAUAGGGAAACACUAGCUAAGUUGCUGUGCUGCUUAUUGUUUUGUCAGAUGUGAAAUAAUAAGAGAAAGGUCAUGUCAAUGGCUUUUCCAGAUGUUAGUGUAUGUUCAUUAAGCAGUUAAUUUUCCAUCACUUGGCUAACGUUUCAUCUUGUUCCCAAAGGUUUGUGUAAGGGAGAGCCAGUCACGUACUGGACCAGCGACGAUUAGUGAGGGGGAGGAGAAAAAGGAGCCGUUGGCUGAGAAGCCCAAAACUUCUUCCACCACCUCCUCAUCUGGCUUCUCCCUGGGCAGGCCCCAGGCCCAGCCCACUGCUGGGAGAAUCUCUGGUGUGGAAUCUCUGGUGUUAAUAAUAGUCCUGUGUUCUGAUGACUUGGGAAUCCCAAGUGAAAGAAAAAAUAUUAUAUUUAUUGAUUGACUAGUGCGCUGAGCCAUACGGUACCAGACAUGUCCAUCCACGGCGGCCUGUCCUCGGUGCACUGCUCACUGGACCUGGAGCGCUACCAGCUGAUCCGAGGCCUGCUGGACAACAACCUGGGGGAGCCAAUCGAGGAGUAAAUUUGCUCGUACAACCUACAGGACCCCAGUAACUAUUGUUGAGUGGUGACGUGUACACCAGCCUGUCCAUCCUGGCGGAUAUGAUGAACGUCAGUCUGGAGUUGCUGGACAGCCCCAAGGCCACUGGACAGAAACCAUGCUCACUAGCCAGGUUUGAUUUCAUAAAGUCCAAGCUGCUGUUUGAGAGUUUCUCUAACGGUUCCAAGUCUGUGAAUCCGGUGUCUCACUCCAUCUUGGCAUAUGACACCCGUUACACCUGGCCUGGGCUGGAUGCGGGCAGCAGUGCCAGGGGCAAGCACAAUGUUUUUGACUGCAUCCUGCAGCCAAGACAGGUGUCAAUCGGGCCACCCUCCAGCUGGAGCUGCAUUACAGGUCCACUAAGGACUCUUCCUGUUUCACGAUUGUCCUCAACAACCUGUGUGUUACUCAUCUUUGAUUGGCUCCAGUUGGUUUGGGACUUCCUGCACAUGCACUUGAGUAGAGGCACUGAGUUUGUGGUGGUGAAGGAUUCGUCUUGUCUGGACACCAAUGCCAUCAUUCUAAAGGGCACCACUGUACUCCCCUAUAAACCCUGUCUGCUUGACAGACCGUUCUCUGGCAGCCUGGCCGGCAUCGCGGCAUCUGACCAAUACUUUUCAGAACUGUCCUGAAACCGCUGGACUACUAACUCAAUACAGAGCCCUUUGUCAAUUUGAGUCUGUUUGUGUCACUAUGGGCGUAAGUAACGUACAGUUAGAUAGAGGGCACAGAAGCUGUCACAGAAGUGAUCAUGGAAAAGAUGGGGUUGGGCCCUCUUUCCAACUCUAUGGUAUACACAAGGCUGUUUGAAGCUGUGUUGUCAUGUUUUGUGUCCUCCUUUCCACAUCAAAGUGUUUUCCUGUCGGCUGGGCAGCGAGCAGCAGACUGCCUUGUCCAUCAUCGACCCGGUCAACGUGGAGCUGUGUGGCAGUCCCACCUACCAGAGCAGCUUUGGCCUCCUAGAUGUCUUCAACAUGGCGGACCUCCCACCACUACUGGAGGUCAGGGUUCUGUCAAUGGUGGGGAUUGCAGAAAGGCCAUAUAAAGCACCUGUUCAUUUUCUGUUUUGACACAUUUUGCCCCAUUUCAUGCCUACUGAAUAUCACAGGAAGGCCAAAAAGAUAAUCAAGGACAACAACCAACCCGAGCCACUGCCUGUUCAUCCCGCUAUCAUCCAGAAGGCG